UCGUUCUAUACUCGUUGGAUCGUCUCCGCGACAGGCCGCCCCCCGCUCGGAGCACUGUACACACGCCGUUUUCAGUAUUGCCGCGUAAUACAUUGCACCAGGUCGCUUACUGCCCGUCGACGCCGCUCCACCAGGCGCACGUGUUAUCUACGACGACUAUAAUAUCUUCACAGUGUCACUGUCGUUGUCGCCUGUAAUACUAUCGACGUUUGCGAUUCUUCUUGGAAAAUGGAAACCGUCCUCGUCCGCAGAGACGAUUUGUCGGCGUAAGACGAUAUAAUAACACAUCAUAAGUAUAUGAUAUACAUCGUUUCGGUAAAGUGCGAUUGCGAUCGACUUAAAACAAAAUUAAAAUAAUAUUCAAAAUUUAAAAGAGACAAAUACAAACCGUUUUCACCGCCACCUACCGUCGCCGCCGUCGUGCGCGUCCCCCCUUCGCGUUUCCUUCCCCGAUCGCGACAUUUUUUCGACACCUCCCCGUUUUUUCCCCGCAUUUUUUUUUUCAUUAUUUAACGUUUUCCGUUUGAUUUUCACAUCGCGUACGCCCGUCGGUGCUCAUAAUAUAGAUACAUUGCCGUAAAGUUAUUUCGCGUGCGCGUGUGUAUAUCACUACUACCUUAAACGCCGUCACUCCGAUCCAGUACAUCUGUGCGGAACUCGCCGAUUGCAAACACUGCGACACCGCAAAAAUACCAACGUCAUUAGAUUCGGUACCUGAUUUAUGUAUGGUAAAGAAUUACCGCAAGUCGACGUUCAAAAGAUCUAAAACUGCCCAAAGAGUCGUCACCGAGAUGGAUCAACCAGCCGCAGCUGAGUUGCAGACAAUGUGGAAAUCGAGGAAACUUUGGACGUCCAUUCUACUGUUCGUGUUGCUGUUCAUCACACCAGGUUUUGCUUCGCCCAAGAGACCCACUCAAAAUCCGGAACCGGAUACCUUGCCAACAUUCGGUUCCCAAGGAAGAAGGUUCAGAGUGGUCACGAAUGACACCGUUGUCCUUCCGUGCGACGUAAUCAAUCCGGGAGUAUACAUUUUAGCGUGGAAAAAAGGAAUUGCGGUACUAACAGCGGGAAGCACUAAGGUGUCUCCAGACGAAAGGAUACGUCUAGUGGACGGCAAUAACCUGGAAAUCCGCGAUAUUCAAACAAACGACGCAGGAAAUUACGUGUGCCAAAUAGCAACUUUGAAACCCAGGGAGAUAUCACACACCGUCGAGAUAUUAGUUCCAUCGCGAAUUAAAUCGGUUACGUCUGGAGGAAAUAUUGACACUAAAAAGGACUCUUUGAUCAAAUUAAACUGCGAAGCUGACGGAAAUCCUGUUCCUAAUAUAACAUGGACAAGAAAGAACAACGUACUUCCGAAUGGCGAGAGAAAUGCGACUGGCGAUACAUACAUAAUUCAAUCGGCCACUCGUCAUGAUGCCGGUCAGUACAUAUGUACUGCUUAUAACGACGUCGGACAACCAGCUGAACAGACUAUUACGGUUAACAUUCUGUAUCCUCCGGAGAUUGAAGUCGAACGUGUAUGGGUUCAUUCUGGUGAAGGAAACGAAGCGCUGCUAGUUUGCAUAGUCAACGCUGAACCACACGCCGAGGUGUCUUGGUAUAGAGAUACAUUGAAGUUAGACACAAACGAACGUCGCAUAACUGAAGUCAGAGGAAGCAGACAUACCCUCAUAGUGAGAAAAGUGCAGGCGAGUGAUUUUGGAAAUUACAGCUGCGUGGCCGAUAACGUCGUCGGAAAAAGCAGAGCUUAUGUCGAACUUUCGGGAAAACCAAAUCCUGUAAAAAUAAACAGCAACAAAAACGGACGGCAUCAGAACAAUUACAACAUAUCUUGGUCGGUAGACAGUUACACUCCCAUCGAAGAAUUUAAACUAUUCUACAGAAAAGUUCCGCUUCCGGACGAGUCUCCCGCAGACACGCGGACUCAAGGCCAAUGGCCAAAGAAGCCCCCUACCCGAAACGAUAACGAGGGAUACGCCAGCAGUCCGAUUUACGGCUACAACAGUAUGCGGAACGAAUGGAACGACGUGAUCCUCCCGGCCGUUCCCAGCGAACAAUUCACUCACCGCAUGGCAUACAACAUCCGCGGAUUGGACACCGCUUCUGAAUACGAGGCCAAAGUCAUGGCCAAGAACCGAUUCGGCUGGACCCCGAUGUCCGAUGUGUUUAAAUUCGUCACCUCCGCCACACCAGAAGCCGCAUCGAAUCCAAAAUAUCAAGCAUCCUAUGGUAUUUCAAUGACAUCAAAUGCCGAAGCCCGUGACCUUGGCUCCACUUCUUCAUACAAUGGAUUCACCAAACGCAGUUACAACGUCAUCAUAUUCGUCGUUUUCAACACCCUGUACUUUGCAUACAACACCAUUGUUUAAGUCCCUAAAAAAAACUUAUAACCAUCGAAGCAGUGGCAUGAAUAUUGUAAAACGGGGCGAGCAAAAAAUCUACAGGGGGUAAUUGCAUCUUUUUCAACUUAACUUAACACACAUUAUUUUCUUAAAAGCCAUCUCGUCGUUAUCUGAAUUGUGUAUUUUUUUUUCUCUAAAUGUCAAAAAAAUAGGGGGGGGGGAAAGACGAAUGAAUCUGCCACUGCUUUUACGUUGUGAUCAAACAGUAGACGAUAGGUAAUUAAUUUAUCACCCACAGAAACAAAGACACCUUAUUAGAACGACGUAAACCUUCUAAUCUAAAAGUCCACGUUUAUAAUUCUCCCCAAGUUUCGAUUACUUCCAUAGUCAAAAAAUUAUAACAAUAAAAUACACGAUUUAAUUUGAAUUGCAAAAUACUAGAUCUAAUAUAGAUUAGAAUAUUUAACAAUCCACUCAGUAAAAAAUGGGCAUUAUUCAAAAAAAAAAUUAUUUUAAUUUUAAACCAUAAUAAUAUACACACACAAUUAUUUCUAGUCUUUGUAGUAUUGAGUUAUUGUCAAAUACCUCAGAGGAGCCGAUUAAAUUAUAAAAUAUCCGUUUUAAAGUUAUAUAGUUUCUUAAUAUGCUAAAGAAAUUAGGUAGCAUAUCUGAAUUACUGUUAAAUGUCCCAACCUAAUUUUCGAACUUUUAUUAAAAAAAAAAAAAAAAACUCUUAUAACACUUAUAACACUAUCGGUUUCCAAUCAUAUACAGAUGAUAAAUAUGAUAUUUUUCCUAUAGAGUUAAUUAAUCCACUUACGUUAUGCAUUUAUGUCCACUUUAGUAUAACGAUGAUGUGCGAGUCAUAAUAUUGACCUAAAAAAAAUUUUAAAAAUAAACAAAAAAAAAAAAAUCGUUUGCAUCGGAAAAACAAAACUGUGUAGUUAGUGAUGUUUUCAAUGAAAUAUUAAAAACCCGAUGAAUUUUUAUAUUUACGUACUUCAAUAUUUGUUGAAAUUAUAUGAUAUACAAUUUAAAGUCAACUUUCACAAUUACAUUGUAUCAAGUUAUCAAUACAGUUAAAAAGCAAAUUAAUGAAUAUUUACAUAAUUUACAGAAGACAUGGCUACUUAAAAAUGCAUCUUUCUAAAGUUAAUUAAAAAAAAAAAAAUAAUAAUAAUAAUUUGAACAAAUAUUAGAAAACCGUGCCAAAUUAUCCAAAAACUAAGUUCUUGAAUAAACAAAGUACAAUAUUUGUUUUCCUUCAUCACUUUGUUUUAAUAAAGUUAAUGUUAAUAAUAUUAUUCAGUAUGAUAUACCUAAUAUCCUUAUUAACUAUAAAAAUUUAGAUGUUUAAAUUUAUAUAUGUACGUGUGCGGUAGCUGUUUUAUUUCCCUCGUGAUUUGAUAUAAAAUUUAUAUGUAACCGUCUUGCAGAAAACAUAACGAUAAUAUUUUGGAUCGCUUUUUAACAUACAUACAUCAAAACGUUAUUUCUACCACGUACUUAUUCAAUUUUGAUUAAGACAUGGUUGUUUCUCAAUAACUUAAAUUGGAUUAUAAAAAGAAAAUAUCGAUAUUAUUUCUAUAACCGUCGAGGUCCAUAGAUGACGUUAGAAUGCCAUCAUAUUAUUAUACUUUACAGUAUGUUUCGCAUCAAAUUGUUUCGAACAUAAUAUUAUAAUAAUAAUAAUAUACCCAUAACUAUUUUAUAAAUUUUAAAUUAGUUUUAAGGAUUCGCACUUCAUGAACAGUAUAUAUUAAGUACACAUAUUAUUAUUAUAUUGUUCACGGAUAUUAUACUAUACAUAUGAUCAUCAUUAUCACAUAAGUAUUAUUAUAGGGUUAUUAAUAUAAUAGAUGACAACAGUAGUCUAAACUAGAGCUUUAGUUGUUUUGUAAAUACGUAUAGGAACUUUGUAUGUACUAUCGUCGAUGGCAUAAUAAGUUUACGAGUGUAUACGACACAAAGAACGCGUUUAAUUCGUAGCGAGGACGUCAAUAAAGUAUGGCCUGUAAUCGGCUUUUUACUGGUGUCUACCUAUAUAAACUGCACUGCUCGAAUGGAAUGUCGUCACAUCGAUAUUAAAAUACGUACCUAAUUUCAAAUUUUUUUCGCCGAGUUAAACACAAACCUAUUUGUUUAUGGUCGAAUAGAGAACAUGCGAUCGGUAUCGUUAACAUUGACAUUGAUCAUGAUUUCGAAAUAAUUUUAUUUGUAUAAUAUCUACACUUAUGAUAUUAUUCAAUUAUGAUUAAAUAAAUCACGAAAUAAAACGGUUUGAUAAAUAUUGAAAACGAAUUAAACAAAUAGGCGGUUCGAGUAUGUACGAGCUAGUGAAAAUUGCAAUGCGUUUGGGGCAACGGUUAUAAGACAUCGUAAUGUAUUUGGGUAAUCUUUUUCGAUAAUACGUAAUAUGGUGUGUGUGUUUGGAAAAUAUUUUACCGAUGCACUUUUUCCGUCAUUUUAAUAACAGACUUAAUACUGUACACGAAUUCUUUUGAUAUGAUCAAAACUUCGAUAGUAAAAACAAAAUUAUUCGAAAUCAAAAAUCAAGCUUAAAAUUUGUCUCACUUAAAUUGGCAAUUUAGAGGCCUUUUUUUUUUUUUUUAACUAAAAAUCACAUAUAAAAAUCCUACUAUAAAAAUAUUAUACAAUUUUCUUGUCUAAACAUUUAAAUAUCGUAAAAAACUAUGUUAUAUAUUUUAAUUCGUAAAAUAUGUCCUGAUUCGGUCUCGAUUAUGAUAGUAUCGUUGUACUCCGUGUCGUUUUACGGUUAUUUGGAUUUACCGUUACACAUCGAUAAUAUUAUUAUUUGAUAGGUAUAAUAUUUUAAGACGCGGGUUUGUCGAACUCAUAUUGACACGUCGUUACACCCAAUAGAGGUACCCGAAUAACAACGCAAAUAUAAUUUACUUUACGUUUCAAAAUCGUGAAACACAGGUGAAAUAUUUUGUUCGUUAAAAUACAUUUUACAAACGUAUUCCGUGGAUUCCUCUUGUCGCGACACACGUUGUACAUCAUACUCGCUCAAGCACAUUACUAUAAUAUCUCGACCGAACACAUUGCGUGCGCUCUUCUUAUGCGGGUAAAAAGACGAUUCGCCCAAACACAUUGCGCUUAAAUAAAAUAAUAAAAUAUUAUAGCCUACUGUGCACCAAAGAAGAAAAAAAACCGUUGGUUAAUGAUUAGGUACGUCAUGAUAAUCAUUUGAAUUCUUUUAAAACGAGAUUUGUGAGAUGUCUGGAGGGGGUUUCGUGUCACCUUAAAUCAGAGUAUGUUAAAUGAUAUUUAAGUUGUUACAAUUUUAUAAGUCAUUAAUAUUAUAUUGUGUUACAAUAGUUUCGUAAAUAAUUAUACGUCUUAUUCAAUUUUAAAAUAUAAUUAGUGU